CCGGCCCCGUCGGGCUCUGCACCCGGGGGCCUGGGUUCCCGAGCUCGUGGGUGGAGCGGGCGGUUGGAGCCUGGCAUGGCCUGGAGCCCGCCGGCCCUCCUGCUGCCACCCCUGAUGCUCCUGGUGCUGGCCGCCCCGACCCAGAUCUCCCCUGAUUACCAGUAUUUUGGCCAAGAGGGAGUAGGUGAUACCUGGGAACUGCUGGGGCUGCAGCGACAAAAGGUCAUAGAAAAGUCCUUUCUGGGCCCGUGGGGAAAGUGGCGCUGUUUCUGCGACCUGGGCAAACAGAAGCGCACCCGCAAGGUGCUGGGCACAGCCCCUGGCCCUGUGUUCAUGGACCAGGAGCACCUGGUCCAGGUGAGACCCUGCCGCCAACAGGACUGUUCUUGCAAGCCAAUCGACUGCAACUGGAGGGCCUGAGCCCCGCCAAGGCUGGCCAGUCUCCAGAGGCCCGAGGGAGGAGCCUGCAAAACGACCCCACCCACUCUAGCCUGCCAACCACGCCUUCGACGGCAAACCCCAGCGGACUACAAUUCCCAGGAGGCUGCGGGGCGGCGGCGUCGCUAGCGUCGCCAGCG